AGUAGCCACACCAUUUUAGAAAAGUCUAUUCGACAGCCAGGCAGGCAACUCCGUGCAGCAUAUACACCGUAUUUCCAAACAAUUUGACAUAAUUGUGCUGCAGGUGAGACACAAGUCCUGGAAUAAGUGAAGAGGCAGAGGAGGCAGCAGGUCACAGUAGACCAGAGUCUGCAGUGCACAGAUGUAAACAUGAACAAGAACAAUACAUCAACACAGACCAAUGCAGGUAGACCACAGACACACAGACCUCCGUCUCCAGUGCCCAGCUGUGUGUCCAUGAGGAGUGACCGGUCCAAGGAUGGUGAUCUGCCCAACUUCAGCACUGGGACAGUCCCACCUGAUGCAAAUAGACCACAGACACACAGACCUCCGUCUCCAGUGCCCAGCUGUGUGUCCAUGAGGAGUGACCGGUCCAAUGAUGGUGAUCUGCCCAACUUCAGCACUGGGACAGUCCCACCUGAAGCAACUAGACCACAGACACACAGACCUCUGUCUCCAAUGCCCAGCUGUGUGUCCAUGAGGAGUGACCGGUCCAAUGAUGGUGAUCUGCCCAACUUCAGCACUGGGACAGUCCCACCUGAAGCAACACCACAGACACACAGACCUCCGUCUCCAGUGCCCAGCUGUGUGUCCAUGAGGAGUGACCGGUCUAAGGAUGGUGAUCUGCCCAACUUCAGCACUGGGACAGUCUUACCUGAUGCAAAUGCUCUGACCCAGGAUCAGUCCAGGUGUGGAGUGUGUGACCGGGUACUGAGGGACCCAGUCAUCACCACUUGUGGACACAGUUUUUGCAGGCAGUGCAUCAGCAGCUACUGGGAGCAGCCUGGACUACCAGGGGACCAAGUCUGUCCCCAGUGUGGGAAGACAUGCAGAACCCAACCUCCUCUACAGCCUCCUCUGGAUGAACACACGGAUAUGAGCACACAGGGUGAACACACAGGCCUGAUCAACAGCAGAAGACACCUGCACAUUGAUCAUACACCAGGCAGAAAGAGGGAACUAGAUGAGGACCUGAGAAGAAUUAUAGAGAAUCAUAAAGCUUGUCUGAAGAGGAGGUUUGAGAACAUAUCUGAAGGCAUCAUCAAACCAGGAGCUGAGAUACUCCUCAAUAAGAUCUACACAGAGGUCUACAUCACAGAGGGAGAGAGUGAAGGGGUGAACAAGGAACAUGAGGUUUGGCAAGUAGAGUCAGCAUCCAGAUCUCAGACCACUGAAGACACACCAAUCAACUGCAAUGACAUCUUCAAGCCCUUACCUGGACAGGAGAAGCACAUCAGAACUGUGAUGACCAAAGGUGUUGCUGGCAUUGGAAAAACAGUCUCAGUGCAAAAGUUCAUUCUUGAUUGGACAGAUGGGAUAGCCAAUCAGGAUGUGGAUUUUAUGUUUCCCCUUCCUUUCCGUGAGCUGAAUUUAGUCAGGGGUGAUCAGUACAGUCUUCACAGGCUCCUGCUUGACUUCCAUCCUGAACUGAACGAGCUGAAAGAUGGUGAAGGAUACAAAGACUGUCAGGUUGUGUUCAUCUUUGAUGGUUUGGACGAGAGUCGGUUGACUCUGGAUCUGGAACAGAACAGUAAUUUGUCUGAUGUAAAACAAACAUCAUCAGUGGAUGUUCUGAUGUCGAGCCUCAUUCAAGGCACUUUGCUUCCCUCUGCACUAAUCUGGAUAACCUCACGACCAGCAGCAGCCAGUCAGAUUCCUGCUCAAUACGUUGACCAGGUAACAGAAGUACGAGGAUUCAAUGACCCACAGAAGGAAGAGUACUUCAGGAAGAGAAUCGGUAAUGAGAGUCAGGCCAACAGAAUCAUCACACACAUUAAGACAUCCAGGACUCUCCAUAUCUUGUGCCACAUUCCAGUCUUUUGUUGGAUUACAGCCACUGUACUUCAACAGAUGCUAGAACAGGACAGCACCCAGGAAAUACCCACAACUUUGACUGAGAUGUUCAUACACUUCUUGCUCAUCCAGACCACCAGGAGGGAUCAGAAGUACCAAGGAAGAAAUGACACAGAUAGAGAGAGACUCCUGGAAUCACAUAAGGAUGUCAUACUGAAACUGGCAGAACUGGCUUUAAAGAAUCUGCUUCAAGGGAAUCUCAUGUUCUAUGAGGAAGACCUGAGAGAGUGUGGCAUUGAUGUCAGUCAAGCCUCAGUGUACUCUGGCAUGUGCACUGAGAUCUUCAAGGAAGAAUCUGUAUUUCAGCAGAAGAAGGUCUACUGCUUUGUUCAUCUGAGCAUCCAGGAGUUUUUGGCAGCACUUCAUGUCUUUCUUUCUUUUAAAUGUAUGAACGAGAAACUGAGUGCACUUGAACUUUUUGUCAAGAAAGACCAGUUACCUUUAGAAGAGUUGCUGGAGAAAGCAGCAGACAAAGCAUUGCAGAGUAAAAAUGGACACCUAGAUCUUUUUCUUCGUUUCCUUAUGGGCAUUUCAUUAGAGAGGAAUCAUAGACUGCUGCAAGGACUACUCACACAUCCACUCAACAGCUCAGAGAGCAUCAGGAAAACAUGCAAGUACAUCAAGGAGCUCAACAGAGAAGAUAUCUCCCCCGAGAGAUGCAUCAAUCUUUUCUUCUGCCUACUUGAAAUGAAAGAUAAUUCGAUGCACCAAGAAAUUAAAGAAUAUCUGGAAUCACCAAAGGACUCUAAAGGCCAGUUAUCUCCUGCUCACUGUUCAGCACUGGCCCACAUGCUCCUGAUGUCUGAGGAGGUGCUGGAUGAGUUGGACCUGAAGAAAUACAACACAUCUGAUGAGGGAUGCAGAAGAUUGAUCCCAGCUAUGAAGUGCUGUAGAAAGGCACUAUUUGCUGAAUGUAAACUCUCAGAUAAAUCCUGUGGAAAUGUUGCCUCAGCUCUACAAUCCCCAAACUCCUGAUAGAGCUGGACCUGAGUAAAAAUGACCUGGAAGAUUCUGGUGUUCAGCUUCUCUCUAAGGGACUGUCUAGUCCCUACUGCAAACUGC